UUGGUGGGUAAAACGCAAUCACCGCCUUCUCCCCUUCUUCUCGUGCAUUUCCAAAGCGUUAUGCGCUUGCCUGCGUGUAUGUGCAGAGAGAGGAAGCUCUGGUGAGAGUGAAGAGAGAGAAAUCUAGAUCUUGGAAGUAAUUGAGUGAGUGCGAGGAAGGCGACAUUGACGUGCUGCUGGUGCAAGCGUGAGAGAUCUCAGAGAGUUAUGGAGUUCGCGAGGGUUGAUGUCAGCCCGCGAUGGAUCUCGUGCUGCUUCCUCAUCGUCUUCUUGUUCUUCGCCAAGGCUCACUCUUUUUACCUCCCCGGUGUCGCUCCCCAAGAUUUCCAGAAGGAUGAUCCUCUGAAGGUGAAAGUCAACAAACUGGCAUCUACAAGAACCCAGCUUCCCUAUUCCUACUAUUCCCUUCCUUAUUGUAAGCCAGAUCGCAUUGUGGAUAGUGCAGAGAAUCUUGGUGAAGUUCUUCGUGGUGAUCGUAUUGAGAAUUCCGUUUAUGAGUUUCGUAUGAGGGAACCACAAAUGUGCAAUAUUGCAUGCAAUCUUGUUCUUAAUGCAAAAACUGCCAAAGAUUUUAAGGAGAAGAUAGAUGAUGAGUAUCGGGUGAACAUGAUUUUGGAUAAUCUUCCUCUUGUUAUGCCCAUCAAGAGGCCAGAUCAGGAUUCUAUCAUCUAUCAACAUGGUUUCCAUGUUGGUCUUAAAGGAAUAUAUGCCGGAAGCAAGGAUGAGAAGUAUUUUAUACACAACCACUUGACAUUUACCGUCAAGUUCCACAAAGAUGCACAAACUAAUGCUGCUAGAAUUGUCGGAUUUGAAGUGAAACCCUUCAGUGUGAGACAUGAAUAUGAGGGUCAAUGGAGCGGAAACAACACAAGACUAACAACCUGUGAUCCUCAUGCCAAACGUACAGUUACAUCCUCUGAUUCUCCCCAAGAAGUUGAAGAUAAGAAAGAAAUAGUCUUCACAUAUGAUGUUGAAUUUCAGGAGAGUGAAAUCAAGUGGGCAUCAAGAUGGGACACAUAUCUCUUGAUGACUGACGAUCAGAUCCACUGGUUCUCAAUAGUAAACUCUCUGAUGAUUGUCCUUUUUCUUUCGGGAAUGGUGGCCAUGAUCAUGUUACGAACUCUGUAUCGUGAUAUCUCCAAAUACAACCAGUUGGAAACCCAGGAAGAAGCUCAGGAGGAAACUGGAUGGAAGCUUGUCCAUGGGGAUGUAUUCAGACCCCCAACAAACUCAGAUCUGCUCUGUGUUUAUGUCGGAACAGGCGUUCAGUUCCUCGGCAUGACGUUAGUGACAAUGAUUUUUGCCGUUUUGGGUUUCUUGUCCCCCUCAAACCGUGGAGGGUUAAUGACAGCUAUGCUUCUUCUCUGGGCCUUCAUGGGCGUCUUGGCUGGGUACUCGUCAGCCCGCCUUUACAAAAUGUUUAAAGGAUCCGAGUGGAAGAAAAUAACUCUCCAAACGGCUUUCAUGUUCCCAGGAGUCUUCUUUGCCGUUUUCUUUGUGCUCAACGCUCUCAUAUGGGGUGAGAGGUCAUCUGGGGCUGUACCGUUCGGGACAAUGUUCGCUUUGGUUUUCUUGUGGUUUGGUGUCUCAGUCCCACUUGUAUUUGUGGGUAGUUACGUAGGGUUUAAGAAGCCAGCCAUUGAGGGGCCUGUUAAAACAAACAAGAUUCCAAGACAAAUACCGGAACAGGCAUGGUACAUGAAUCCAAUAUUCUCAAUCUUGAUCGGGGGAAUUCUCCCUUUCGGGGCGGUCUUCGUUGAGCUCUUCUUUAUCCUCACCUCCAUCUGGUUGCAACAGUUUUACUACAUAUUCGGUUUCCUCUUUGUUGUUUUUGUCAUCCUCAUAAUCACUUGUGCGGAGAUAACGAUCGUUCUCUGCUACUUCCAGCUGUGCAGCGAGGACUACCUGUGGUGGUGGCGGUCCUACCUCACUUCAGGCUCUUCAGCUUUCUACCUCUUUGUUUAUGCAGGCUUCUACUUCUUCACUAAGCUGGAGAUCACUAAGCCGGUCUCAGGCAUACUCUAUUUUGGGUACAUGCUGAUUGCUUCAUAUGCUUUCUUUGUUUUGACUGGUACCAUUGGGUUCUAUGCUUGCUUUUGGUUCACAAGGCGUAUCUACUCGUCGGUGAAGAUUGAUUGAUUAAGUCUGAGCAUUGGAAUGCGCUGUAGCUGGUCAGUCAGUGAUUGAACAAAGGGUUGUCUAAUUGUGUAUCUUCAAUACCAUUAUUAUUACUCUGCUACUGCUUCAAGAUAUCUUUUUGUUGAUUUUAGGCUUCUUUAUAAAUCUUCCCAAGAAACACAUUGAGAUGAAAAAGAUGAGGGUUUGCUUCAUUAAUGGAUGGAUGGUUCGGUAUGAUAUAUAUAAAAAAUUCUAUUAUGCAAUGUGUAUUGUACCAGAGUUUUCAGUACUAAGAUAUUACUAAAAUCCUCC